GUCUAAAAAUAGUGUUGCUACGCGAUUUAGUACGCUGACACUUUUAUGGGUAUAAAAUGUACUACAUUACCCAUAACUCCUAUUUUUUUUAGCACUUGCGCACUUCUGACCAUAGCCCGGGACGUCGAUUGAGGAUGCACUGCACCCGGGCAGCAUCAGCACCAGAAUAGUGAAAGGUUGGGUGUAUAUUCGUCGCUGAAGUAGUGGAAAAGAACUGUCUUUGGACUAUUUUAACGUUGCAAUUGGCACCGUAAGCGUGCAGCAUGGGGGAGCACAAGGAGUCUCUUCGGAAGAUCAUCACCACCUUGGCUCUGAAGAAUGAGGAGAUCCAGAAUUUCGUCUGCUGUCUCAAGCAAAGUCUGCAGAAUUUGGAGGCCAACUCCACGCGCGUGCAGGAUGAUUUGGAGUCGGAGUUCAGCUCCCUGCACACAGUGCUGAACGAGCUGAAGGACGGCAUGCUCACACGCGUCAAACAGGAGCGGGCCAGCCGCACAUAUGAACUACAGAAUCAGUUGGGUGCCUGCACCAAAGCUCUGGAGAGCUCAGAAGAACUGCUGGAGGUAGCAAAUCAGACAAUCUGCUCCGCAGAAGCAGAUGGCUUCACACAGGCGGCCAAAGACAUUAAGGAUAGUGUGACUAUGGCGCCUGCCUUUCGUUUAUCACUGAAGGCUAAGGUCAGUGAUAACAUGAACCACAUGAUGGUUGAUUUUACCCAAGAGAGAGAGAUGCUGCUGGCAAUCAAAUUUCUCCCAGUGCCUGCAACUCCAGAGAUCUUGGUCUCUGAGUGCCAGGUGUGUGAUAACACCGUGAUGGUGACGUGGUCCUUGCCGGAGGCCGACUCCAAAAUCGACCACUAUGUUCUGGAACACCGCCGGACCAACCACGAGGGGCCGCCACGUGCCCGCGAGGACUACCCCUGGAUGGUGUUGGAGGGCAUCCGAGAGACUGAACACACCCUCACAGGGCUUCGCUUUGACACACGCUACAUUAACUUUCGUGUUAAGGCGUGCAACAAGGCGGUGGCUGGGGAGUUCUCUGAACCGGUCACGCUGGAAACGCACGCCUUCACGUUUAAGCUGGACGCGGGUUCCUCCCACCAGAACCUGCGUGUGGAGGACCUCACUGUGGAGUGGGACAGCAGCGGGGGGAAGGUCCAGGACAUGCGCAAGGACAAGAACCGGACCAACUCGCCUAUGCACUCUCCCGCCAGAUGUGCCAUGAUGUCUCCAAAGAGGACCCCCUCUGCUCGGGUGGGCAGAGACCGCUUCACUGCGGAGUCUUACACUGUGCUCGGUGACAGCAUGAUUGAUGCAGGGCAACAGUACUGGGAGGUGAGCUUCGAUAAGGAGAGCAAGGCGUUUGCAGUUGGGGUGGCACUACGUUCCCUGGGCCGCUUCGACCAGCUGGGCAAGAGCAAUGCCUCCUGGUGUAUCCACCUCAACAACUGGCUGCAGCAGAGCCUGACGGCCAAGCACAACAACAAGGCCCGCACACUCGAAUGCCCCAUCCCCGACCGCAUCGGUGUCUACUGCAAUUACGAGGAGGGAACGUUGUCCUUUUACAACGCCAAAACCAAGUUUCUCAUCCACACCUUCAGAACUAAGUUCCAGCAGCCUGUCAUUCCUGCCUUUAUGGUGUGGAAUGGCAGUUUCUCCAUCCACACAGGGCUGCAGGUGCCCAGCAUCAUACAGAGCGGCCAGAAGAGAAACAGCGGCACCAGCAGCUCCAACGCCAGCCUCACCUAGACCCCAGGAAUCCCGGCCCUGCAGAACCCGUCCCCUUGUCCCGGACCUUCAGCACCGGCGCCGGUCCAGGAGCAAACUGUUCCCAGCACAUGUCCUCGGCAGCAAGCAUGGAGGCUCCUGGAGGCCCCAGCCACACCAUCUUCACCACCUUCACCCACUCCACUUGUGGCUGGGGUUUAAGGGGGGUGGGGGAGGGGUAGAGGGCAGUGGUAGUCUGCCUCAUUUCAUCCAGCGCAAUUUACUGUGCCUUUCAGUUCCCUAGAGUGGACAGUGAGGCCUGCUCACAUAUGUUAACACCCAUGCUACAGAGAUAGGCGCUGUAGGGUUUCAAAGAAAAUUGUAUUCUGAUGUAUGUAUGUAUGUGUGUGUGUGUGUGUGUGUGAGUAUGUAUGUAUGUGUAAUUGUGUGUUUGUGUCACAAAAGGCCAAAUAACUCAUUUUCAACUUUACAAUUGUGUUGAUCAACUGAAGUCAUGUUAACAUUUGAUUGGAAUUUGCACUACUUUUAAAUGCAACUGAAAAGCAUGUUAAUGUAACUUUGUUUUGGCACACUGUCUGAACUUUCUUGUGGUAUCUAUAUAUUACACUCUGAAUGUUGCGAAUCGUAAGCCUAUAACUCUACCAGCUGCUUUACCGUUCAUAACAUGUUUGUCACUGUCAAAAUAUCAUACCAGGGUAGCACAAUAGUCUGCUUGUAGUCAUUUAAAUAGUGGUAAACCUUAAAACAGAAUGUAUUUAAUUCAGUAUUGCCAACACUAAUGCAAAGUAGAUGAAUGAGAACAAGGCCGUAAGCAGGCAUUUGGCCCAUAGCCCAGUGUGUUAUAUCAGCUGUAUAGUAGUAUUGCCCCUGUAGCUUGGAUGGAAAACAAGAACUUGUUCAGCAACACGUUAGUUGGAGUAAUGAUUAUUGAGUUUCAUAAGAUGAUACUGUCAGAAUAAAGGUGUAAUUCAACAAAUCCUGUACAUUUCAAGACGAGGAAUUAUAAAAUAUGAUGCAACAUAGCACACACUUGAAGACGUUUCCUAUUGUUUUUGCAAAGGAUGUUUGAGUAAAGUUAACCAAAAACCCAAUUAGAAAAAAAUGCAAUGCAGUGUUCUGGAAAAUCCUUCUUCUGUGAAACUGUCUGAAAAGCUCAAAGGCUUUUUUUUAACCUGAUCCUAAAAAGAAAAGUGCAGAAUUCUGUUGUUUCAUUCUCAGAUUAGACCAUUGACAAAGUGUUUCUGACAGCUGUAUGGAUUAUGUGAAGGUGCUAUGUAACCCCUUCAAGCUCAAGUAAUGCUGCAUUUAUUUGCAAACAGAUCUUCAAUGAAAUGUUUGAGUUUAUUUACUUCUCGACAGUGUGUUCACCAGUCCGGACGUGUAAUCAUACACCUAGAAUGGCAGCCAAGGUGCUUUCUGUAAUUGUGAGUUCCCAGUAAUGCAAUGACAAUGCUGCUAGCAUUGUGUUAACUUGCAUUGCUGAAGCGCUUCCUACCGUGGCUUUUAAUCAAAUGUCCUCUUACCAAGGACAGCAAAUGUCACCCUGUACAGUCUUAAUUUUACAGAAUACUUGCCACACUUGUUAAUUCAAUAAAGUCAGCAAGAUGACA